UUUUUUUUUUUGAACUUUUAGAUCACCAUCAAUGUUGAUUCUGUCUGUGAUAGCACUAUUGUUGUUUCAAACAUCUGUCAUAACGGUCGCGUACGGCCACUCUUGGCUCGAUUGCUCUAAAACUCUUCCUUCAGGAAAAUGUGCUGGUUUCCCAAUCGGCUAUCCUUCACGCGCCAACCCAGACAUCAACACUCUUUACACCUACCUCAUCUCCGGUCGUCCUCCCAAGGCCCCUGUCUGUCAGCCAGGUCGUCAGUCUGUCUUCCCCGGCAAUAAUCCUGCUCAAUUUCCUCCUGCUACAGCGGCCCCUGGUCAAAAACUUCAUCUUACCUGGCAAGCCAAUGGCCAUAUGAACUUUGUUAAAUCUCCAACGGAAUUUAGAACUAAAGUUCAAGUCUACUGGACAGGUAAAUCCAACAGACUCAUCAAGACUCGAGAAGAACUGGCAAACAAGAAGCUUUUGUUGUCUGAAAUGGAUUUUGCUACUCCUCAAAAUUGUGACGAUCCUGCGAACCCAAACACGGUCUGUCAUGGCUAUGUGACCAUCCCGAAGAAGGCGAAGCCUGGCAGAUAUCAGAUGGUGUGGUGGUGGCGGUUUGAUAAGAACCCAAUCGGAGAAGAAUACUCAACUUGUUUCGAAGUCAUCGUCAAAGCCGCUAAAAAGCCUUGAAAUGCUCUGCACUCUUUCUGUAGAAUUGAUAUUUAAUACCCAAUAAAUUAUUUCAAAUCGGGACACGUUCUC